CAUUAAAACACUUAACAUAGCAACAUGCAAUUAGAUUAAGGACUUUAAAUAUCGAUCAUAUGUACUUUCAACACCAUAAAUAUGUAAAAUGUGGAAUUAUGCUCUGGAGAGCUGCAUUGUUAUUGGUGUGUGCCUGGAGCGACGUCACUUUCUUCUGGCGUAGUCCGGAUCCAGCGAAGAACACUCGUGUUCUACAUUGACUACAACUUGCCGAAGACCUCUGAGCUCCCCGAUUAAUUUGCAAGGCUGUUAGCAUCGAUCACAAUCGUACCUCUAAAUAUAAACAUAUUGCACAUUCCCGUCAUUUCUAUACGUGCAUGUAUUUUGUGUCUUUUUAUGCUUGCUGGGCGGUAUAUUGAUAGACAUCGUAGGCUGGGUGCAGUAUCAGCACGGGAGCUGUCCAUACCUCAACCCAGCAAAACGACGGCAUCAUUACUCACAUUUUCAUUGCAGUUUUUAAUUUAUUCUAUUUUUAUAUAUUUUUUCCUUUUGGGCUGCCACGGAAAAAACAUAUGAUUAUACUUACAAGGCGACUGAAACCUUGAAAUGCUGUGGAGACGUCUGUAAGAAGGAGAGAAGAAACCACAAGUCAAGUAGUACGGCGUGAACUAUUUACAGACAUGGGUGUCCUGAUGUCGAAAAAGCAGCAGGUGGAUAAGGUGCAGAAGUGCAGCGCUGUGGUUUCUGCUUUCAAAGAGGGUUUGAAGGAGCGCCCUCCUCCAGCUCACGGGGCCCAGAACACUGCAGAACCCGAGGAGAAUCUCACUGACUGCUCUGCUGAACCCGAAUCCUCAGGGAAGGGGCGGGAGGAGGGGCAACCGCCGGAACAGGGCAAGAAGGGCUCCGCCUCCCUGGAGAAGGAAGGCGACUGUAAAGUGAAUCAGGAGGCGUGGUCCCGGCUGCGUGACGGAAAGGGGGUGGAGCCUGAAGAUCUGAACAAGGCGGCUCAUCAACUCACUCCUCCGGCAUUCGUUCGUCCCAAGAGAGAAGCUAAUGAUGAUGAACCUGUGGAAAUUGUACUGGAUCAAAGAGAGCAGCCGGUCAAUGAGGAGAUGUGCGAAAUCUGCGAGGUGUGGACGGCGGAUGACCUGUUCCCCUGCCGGAUUUGCACGCGAGUGUUCCAUGACGGCUGCCUGCAGGAGAUGGGCUAUCUUCGCAAGGACAGCCUACAGCAGAUGAGGGACACUGCCCACACCUCCGCAGGCUGGAGCUGCUAUUAUUGCGACAAUGUAAACCUACUUCUUACUGAGGAAGAGAUGUAUAGUCUCACAGAGACCUUCAAGCAGUGCAAGAUCAUUCCAGAAUCCUGCUUGGUGUCUGACGAAUUCCUCCAGUACAAGCACUUUGUGUCCAAGCAGCUCUCUGAACGAGACCUGGCUGAUGACCAGGAAGAGGAGGUUCUGGCCCAGUUCUCUGCUCUGGACCCUGAACAGAAGGGACAGAUUGAGUGGACUGACUUCCUGUACCAUGAAUCUCUGGGAGUGCUCAAUAAGUUCCGCUCUAAGAAUUCUCUUGUACGACUGCUGACCGCAAAAGAAAGGGACCGGGCACGCUCAGUGUACUUGAGUUUAGAUCAAGACAGUGAAGGUCUUGUCCUUAGUGGGGAGGUGUGGAGAUCCCAACAGUCGUGGUUCCAGAAACAUACCAAAGAAGCGCAGUCCUGCAAUGUCAGACUCAUGGGACUGUGUUCCACAAUAACAAAUCUAAGCAUCAGCCAUGUUGGGCCGAUAUCAGAGAGCAGCCCUGCAAGUUCCGGAAGCAACAAAAGUCGCGAGAAGAGCCCAAUUUCAUCUGGGAAGGAUGACAGAAGGCAAAUGAACUGGCAGGAGUUCUUGAUGGAGAGCGCCAUCUACAUUUUGGCCGCCCGCCCAAACAGUGCUGCAGUGCAUCUCCGCCCCCCGCUAUAGCCCUAUAACAGAACAUCUCUAGUCCUUGGGGUGAAAGAGAGCCAGAGAGAGAGAGAGAGAGAGAGAGGGAGAGAGAGAGAGAGAGAGAGAGAGAGAGAGAAAGAAGAUGAUGCUCUGCAGAUUGAUGAGAAAGGUUAGAACCAAGCUUGAGGCUUUUCCUCCCAAGGAGAUGCUAAAGUCCAUCCAAAGACAUUUUGAGCUGCCUGCAAUUAGUUCUUGUACCAAACAGAAAUAAAAUACAUUAAUAUGUUGCAUUUAUCCUCAAUUUCAUGGGAAGUACCCUGAGCAAGAAAAGCAGCUCUCCGAAAAGGAUUUUUGAAAAUAACAUGCUUAAUGUCCUGAAAAUGUUAUCUAAACACAUGAUUGGCAGUGAACCCUGCACAUGAUUGGCAGUGAACCCUGCACAUGAUUGGCAGUGAACCCUGCACAUCUCUCUAACGAAACUCGAUGCACUGAAAGCUUCUGUAACGCAGCAAAUGUUAUCAAUACUGUACAAGCAUACUGCAGCGCUGGCCAGAAUAACUGCUGGAAAGGUGGGUGGAUGGAUGGAUUAAAGCACAAAAUUAAAACUAACAAUAUAACCUAUGGAUGUUCUUAUUGAAAGGGAUGAAAAGUAAUUAUUCCAAUGUUUUACGUUUUGCACAAUUAAAAAAUAAUGCAAAAUGCAUCCCUGUAUGGCAGUUUUCUUCUAUGAAAGAUAUAAAUGUAUACAUGAUAUAAAAGAUCAGUACUUUAGAUUGAACGAUAUAGUCAUCAUGUUUCUCCAAUGUAAUGUGGAAUUUUAGUUGUGUUACCUUAUUUGUUUGUUGUAUUAUUUUUUCUUACCUUUUCAUAAACUAUCAUAGCUGUUAUGUUUAGAUCAUGUUGCACUUAAAAUGGGUGAUUUACAUUUUCAUUAGUGCUGUUGAUUUUAGUAUUCAGUUUAUUUAUAUAGUUUACAUGGAUCUUCCUGAACCAUUUUUGCCUAAGAAGUUUAAGCACAUGAUGCUGGAAAAUACCCAAAUGAAACAUUUUGUCAAAAAAAUCAAGAAGUCGUACCUGUAAUAGUUGUAUAAUCAUGCCUUGGAAAUUUACUGUAAUUGUAUUAUUAGUAGUAGUGCUAUUAACAGUAAAACUCUGGCUUCUUAAACUAUACCUUAAGUGGUUUGGAAGAAGUUUCUGUUAUUUUUUGUUAUCUGAGGGCAACUGUAAAGCCGCUACAGCUGAACCAUUUAAUGAACCUUGAGAUAAUGAAUUCCAAAUAGUUCUGAAGAGAUUAUGAACUGCAGGAGGGAGGUUGUGCAACUGAACAAGACAGACUGUGACACAGCCAUGUAACGCGACUGUUUUACCAAAGAGUGAGAUCAGAAUGCAGCACCCCCAUCACAGAGAGGACACAGAGAAGGACAGGCCUGGGUAUACUAGGAGCUGGGCCAAUUUGAAGCUUGAUGCUCUUCUGUAAGAUCUCUCAGCAUGGGAUUCAAGGCCGAAGACGUGCCAAGUGUGGUGAACAUAGCAGAUAAAAGAGAUCUUCAUGUUGUUUCUUUCAGACAUAAUUAAGAAUAUGGUGUUCGUUAGUCUGUGUAAGGCCUGUACACCCUAGCAGAGAUUGAAAUGCUAAAGACAAUUGUACUGGGGGGGCAAGCAGAAGUAUUAAUAGUAGCAUACUCCCUUGGAAUCAUGGGUAUAUUUACAUAUUGACCAUAAUGGCGAGUAAACGUGCUGAAAAUGCACAUAGUAAAUCAGGGCUUGGCACUUUAAUGCAGCAAGCAGUGAUAAAUACAAGGAAUAAAAAAAGGUUGAUAAAGUAUUACAAACACUGGUUACUCAGCAGCGGUCUUUAGGGUUGAUUACAGUUUAUGUAUUUAAUAAAAAGCCCUCCUGGUCUCAGUUCUCUUAUGCCAGAAAAGUCACUAAAUCAUUCUGAUCUUUUCAUCUCAAAUUGUUCCAGGCUCUGUAUCAUUCUCAUCAACUGGUUGUUCAUGACAUUUUAUUGUUACAGUGAAUUAAACUAAUGUAUGGCAAA